AUAUAUAUUGUGUGCUUACUCAAAAUUUUGUGAUAUUUGUGCGAGAUUUUAUUGGAUGUCUGUUUACCCAAACGUUUGGAAAAUGAUAAUAACUCAAGAGUUUUUGAAACAAAUCCAGCUCAAUGGAAGUUUUUGGAUUUUUUCCCUUUUUUGAAAGUAUAAUUUUAAUGAACUGGUUAGAAUCGGGUUAUGCGGAUGGAAAGACCCAUAGCUCUGGACCCGAAGAAGAUAUUUGCACAAAUUGUAGCAUUUUGGAAAGAGUUCUGCUGUAAAUUCGGAAUACAAUGGAAGAUAUCCAAUACAUUAUGCUGCAGACUAUGGUCAACAUGAAGUGCUGGAAUAUCUUAUAAGUAUGGGUGCUAAAUUAGAUGUAAAAGAUAAACACGGCAUUACUCCGCUUUUAGCAGCAAUUUGGGAAGGACAUACACAGUGUGUAAAAUUACUUCUAGAACGUCAUUUGGCGUCUUACUUCCAUCGGCCGAGCCCCUCUGAGCUAAACAUUUGGUCCAAUCGAACCGGAUAUUCCAGCCCCAUUGGUCGCUUUGGGGAAUCAACAAGAUACAGUCCAUUACACCUGCAUUACAAGGGUGCGGAUAAAAAUGGUAAAACUCCAGAUGGAAAAAGCUAUACAGAAGCUGCAGAAAAAGAUGAGAUCCGAAACCUGCUACGAUGAACAAUUUAAAGAAGUUUAUAUUUUAACACAGAUUUAUUCUAUUGCAGAUAAUUUAUAAAAGUAAACACUGACGACCAACUUUUUUGGAAUACAUUAAUUUUGCUACAUCAUGUCGAAAGCACUGCACCAAUAAAUUCUUAACUAUUUUCAGUGUAGUUACGACAAAACUA